AGCAUAUGUGCCCUGCCCUCUCUCUUCUUGAAAAUCGCAGCAGCAACUCAUCUUUUCAAAGAAGUCUGCCUAAAGAACAGGCACCCUGUGAAUGGAGUGUGCUUUUAGAACCCUCUAGGGUAUUCAAAUUCAUUGUGGAGCUCACUAAGAAGGUUACCUCUCCAAGGGACGACUUACGGAAGACUUGGAGCUUGCCUCUGAGAAUGAAUGCAAAAGGACCCUAAACUGUCAGUCUUGAAGGUAGCAGCUUAGGCUUCAUCUGAAAUUACAUUAUAAGAAGCACUGACCACUAACUAGGAACAUUUGUGAAAGGCACUGCAGUGUCAGAAAGAGGCACCAAGCAGACAUUCCUAGAGAAAUAUGGAUGGAGUUGGAAAUCUGACAGUUUCUUCUGCCAGUAAUAACACGUGCAAUGAUACCAUUGAUGACUUCCGCAAUCAAGUGUAUUCUACCCUGUACUCUAUGAUCUCCGUCGUGGGCUUCUUUGGCAAUAGCUUUGUGCUCUAUGUCCUCAUAAAAACAUAUCAUGAGAAGUCAGCUUUCCAAGUAUACAUGAUUAAUUUAGCAGUAGCAGAUCUACUGUGCGUGUGUACACUGCCUCUCCGUGUGAUCUAUUAUGUUCACAAAGGCAUUUGGCUCUUUGGUGACUUUUUGUGCCGCCUCAGCACCUAUGCCUUGUAUGUCAACCUCUAUUGUAGUAUCUUCUUUAUGACAGCCAUGAGUUUUUUCCGGUGCAUUGCAAUUGUUUUCCCAGUCCAGAACAUUAAUUUGGUUAAACAUAAGAAAGCCAAAUUUGUGUGUGUUGGCAUUUGGAUUUUUGUAAUUUUGACCAGUUCUCCAUUUUUAAUGUCCACAUCUUACAAAGAUGAGAAAAACAAUACCAAGUGCUUUGAGCCUCCACCGGACAAUCAGGCUAAAAAUCAUGUUUUGGUCUUGCAUUAUGUGUCAUUGUUUGUCGGAUUUAUUAUUCCUUUUGUUAUUAUAAUUGUCUGUUACACAAUGAUCAUUUUAACCUUACUGAAAAAUUCAAUGAACAAAAAUCUGUCAAGCCGUAAAAAAGCUAUAGGAAUGAUCAUAGUUGUGACAGCUGCCUUUUUGAUCAGCUUCAUGCCAUAUCAUAUUCAACGCACCAUCCACCUUCAUUUUUUACACAAUGAAACUAAACCCUGUGAUUCUGUUCUUAGAAUGCAAAAGUCAGUGGUCAUAACCUUGUCUCUGGCUGCAUCAAAUUGUUGCUUUGACCCUCUCCUAUAUUUCUUUUCAGGGGGGAACUUUAGGAGAAGGCUGUCUACAAUUAGAAAGCAUUCUUUGUCCAGUGUGACUUAUGUACCCAAGAAAAAGGCCUCUUUGCCAGAGAAAGAAGAAGAAAUAUGUAAAGAAUAAUUUAAGCCUAUUUCUAAUGCAAAUCAAUGAAAAGAGUUUCCCAAACAAGUAUUAUCUCAAACUAUUUGUAAUAAAAAUAAGAAUUUCCAUUAAUAAUUUACAAAUACUUAAAUGAAUGUGUGCCUAUAAAUAUAUCUCAUUUAUGAAUCCACACUGUUAGGGGUUGUAAAGAUAUUUUAAGUGUUAAAAAUUCGGUCCACAACUAUGAACUAAAUUAUAAGUGGUUUGUUUGAUCAUUCACCAAAAGGUGAAGAAUAUUUUUGUCUUGGCAUUGUUAAAAAAAAAAUGGAUCUGAGAUCAAAGUUUUUCUCCUCAAAUAAAAACUUUACAAAGGAUAAGAAAUAGCUUUUUAAGAUACAAAAUUAGCAAUUAGUCCCCAAUCAUCCUAACAUAUCCCUUUGCAGGCAUGUCAUCAGGUGAGAACUGGAAUAACCGAGGACCUACAUAAAAUGUUCCAUCACCCUCUUUCUUUGUAAUAUUGACUGACUAGGCAAAGUAGGGCCAUUUUUUUUCCAAAAUAGAAUAUGCAAGUGAUAGAACAGUAAUAUCCAACCAAAUAGUCCUAAAGGCCCCAUGCAAUGUGCAAUCUGGAAACUGAAGAAUAUAAGCCUGGUCAAAAACCAGUUUGUGUCCAGUUUUCUUCUGCUCCUAACCCCAGGCUCUCAAAAGAGAAUAGUGGAGUUUUUGUGGCUUAUUGACAUUAUUAUAGGUAAUUCUCUCCCUAUAUGACAUACAAUCCUUCCUUAAGAAACUAAACAACUGGCACCUCCAUAUAUGAACAAAAGUAAUUUAAAAUUUAUCUAAAGAAGAGAGAAGGGAUUCUACUUUUCUUCUACAUGCUUAUUACUGGUAUCAAAACUAGCUCCAAUAGGUUUCUGAAUAAAAAUUUGAAUGUUGAUAUUACAAAUUGUUUUAAGAAGUACUUAUAUUUAUACAACUAUGUCAGAGAUUUUGCUCUAUGAUAUACAUUUAUGAGUAGAAGUUAUGUUUUAUUAUUGUUUUAUACUUUUUACUUCUUUAUUGGCAUAUUGACAGGAGUAUCAAGGAUAUAUUUACAGUGGGUUUUAAAUUACGGUGGAAUCUUUGUUCUUAAGACACAACUUGAUUAUAGCUGAAAUAUAAUAUUCAUGGCAAGGUUUUGCUGAAGUGUGGUCU